AUGGAUACAUUAACGCGACACAUUCAAGGGGAGGUGUCGUGGUAUAUGUUAUUUGCGGAUGAUAUAAUUUCGAUUGACGAGAGUCGAAGAGGUGCUGACGAUAGACUGGAGGUUUGGAGGCAGACUCUUGAGUCUAAAGGUUUCAAGCUGGGCAGGACUAAGAUGGAGUAUUUGGAGUGCAAGUUUAGCGAAGUUACCCAGGAAGCAGACAUGAGUGUAAGGCUUGAUACACAGGUCAUCCUCAGGAGAGAGAGUUUCAAGUUAGAUAAGAUUAUGAAUGAAGUUAUUCGGGAUAUGGUGGGAGUGGCUCCUAUGGAGCAUAAGAUGCGAGAGGCGAGGUUGAGAUGA